AUGGACUUCCAAAACCGAGUGGGCCACAAAACGGGCAGUGGUAUGCCCAUGACGAGGGAGGACAUAAACCAGGAGAGACGUGAACGACUGAAGCAACUCGCACUGGAAAAUAUAGAUAUCACGAAAGACCCAUAUAUCCUCAAAAAUAAUGUUGGCAUGUACGAGUGUAAAUUAUGCUUAACUCUGCACAACAAUGAAAGCUCCUACCUAUGUCAUACGCAGGGGAAAAAGCAUCAAAUGAAUUUGAGUCAAAGAUUACUAAAAGAAAAAAACGAAUUGACCACCAGUAAGUUACUAAACAAAGCUACCCCAGAGCCAAAAAAAAUUGUAAAAAUCGGAAAGCCAAGAUAUGAUGUCACCAAAGUGAAAAAUAAAAAAAAUAAACUUGGCAUCCUAUUCGAAUUGUCCUUUCCAAAUAUUAAAGAAAACACCAAACCCAAGUUCCGCUUCAUGUCAUCAUUUGAACAGAAAAUCGAACCUCCAGACAAGAAGUAUCAGUACUUAUUGUUCGCAGCUGAACCCUACGAAACGGUUGCUUUUAAAAUUCCUAAUUUGGACAUAGACGAAACGCAGGACUUUUACUACAAGUGGUUUGAGAAGAAAAAGAUUUUCGUCAUGCAGAUUCAUUUUCAGAACCCCUCCGAGCACAACCGCGCGCGCAGACGCCGCAACUUCCUACCCCACAACGUCAGGUGGUGA